AUGGGUCGAGUAAAAUCCAUUGCUCAAAAGAGAAAGAAAACAGCCACUCCUCCUGUCGAACAGCCUGCUCCUCAGGCUGAAAAUCCAUCGACCAGCCCUCAGUCUGAAAAAACUUCCUUGCAAGAAAUCCAAAUAAAAGCCUGCCUUCAAGAUGUCCUUCGACCAAAGGUCGAAUGGUACGUUGCACCUCCUAGCAAUAUUACAGCUAGGAUGGAUGUGAGGGAAACAACUGCAGGGAGUGCUACCGGUGAAGAAGUUCCCGAUCAGCACCACCAUGUGUCACAACCUUCGAGGAGGAGGACAACAGGAGUGACUAUCAGGGAACCUUCCAACACCCUGCGAGCAGCUGCUGCCCCUGCUCCACCAGGAAAGGGCAAGCAGAAGGCCUCUGAGCAUCAUGAGCCUACUCUAGAAGCCUUCGACUUGUACACCAACCCUACUUUCGUCACUCCUGCGAGCAGGAAGAAAUCGAAUAGGUGCCAGCCAGGAGAAGGCUGCAGUGACCCAUCUGUAAAGAGGGCUCGGACAGAGGACCCUCCUGCACCAACUCCUUCCAAAGAGACAACUCCCCCUCCAAGCCCUACCGGCCAGACUCCUCCAGCGCCCAUCGACCAGAAUCCUUCAGCUCCUGCUAACCCAAGUCCUGCUACUCAGCCAGAUAAAACUCUAGUCGAGGCGAUAUUGAACUCUGAUUGCACUUCGGCCAGUGACAGGUUGAAGAAACUGUCCAGACACCGGCAUAGUUUGGAAUCUUUCAACAACACUCAUACCAUGCCGGUCGGCCAGCUCCUCAGCCGUGGGCUGAACGAACUACUCACAGGGAUUCUGACUGUGAGUACCAGUUGGCGCUGCUCGGAGGAGGUGGUUGCCAAGAAGGCUGAAGAGAUCAAGGCGGCUGAAGAGAGGCUGGUCGAGGAGCAUAAGGUGGUUGAAGCCAAGCACACUGAAGAGUUGCGAGUAGCUGAGGCUAAGAUCGCCAAGCUCGAGGAGGAAUUGAAGAAGAAAGCAGACACUGUUGCCAAAAUUACUGCCUCCAAAGAUAAGUACAAAGAAGCCUCACUGAUAAACUAUCGAGAAGCCCACAAGCUUCAAUAG